GCCAAUAUUUUUUGCCAAUUUUGUUUUGAUUCCUAAUCUUUAUUGGACAUCUGCAUUCUCUUCAUGUUUCAUGUGUUCUAUACGACUGUCUGGCAUCUCUUGGCACUCAAGGAGGAAAACAAGCUGCUGCACGUUUAGCCUAGGAAUGUUAGACAAUUUCUGUGGGACUAAUGGAGGCAGUAUUACCGAGCAGCCAACACAAAAUGUUUGCCAUUGGGAUCCUACAGCUAUACUUAGUGAACCGUAUCUAGCUGCUGGCCAGGGACAUGGAUGUUUGGUGCUGAAUCGCAAUAUUAAAAGUCCCUCACAUGUGGUUAAGGCCUUAUGGCAAAAUGCCUCUGUAAGAUGUUGUGUGGACGGUGGUACAAACAAAUGGCUUAAUUUCAUACGAAAUGAAUUACAAAAUGAUUGUAGUAUUAAGCUGCCGGAUUUGAUAACGGGUGACUUUGAUUCGAUAAGUCAAGAAACAGAGGACUACUUCUCUUCGCGAGGGGUAAAACGAAUCCAUACACCCGAUCAAAACAAUACGGAUUUUACAAAGGCUGUGGACGUUUUGAAACCAAUUAUCAGGGAGAAAAAGCUGCGUGAUAUUAUUGUACUACAUGACACCUCGGGUCGUUUUGAUCAAAUCAUGUCUAACAUCAAUACUUUGUUUACCAGAAAUGAUGAAUUUUGCAAUAUCUACUUAUUGGGUUCCUGUUCACUGACAUGGCUUCUCCGGCCGGGGAAACAUUCCAUUGUUAUACCUCCACAUUUGGUGGAGGAGCAAAGGUGGUGUUCUCUCCUGCCCAUUGGCCAUGAGGCUACAAGUGUUACAACGAAGGGUUUAAAAUGGAAUUUAAAGAAUAGUCCCUCGUACUUUGGCGGCCUUGUUAGUACUUCAAAUACAUAUGCCUCAACACACAUAGAAAUAGAAACAAAUUCGACACUGGUUUGGUCAAUGGGAGUAUUUUAUUUCGGGGAUGACUAGACAAGGGAGAGAGAGAGAGGAAGAGGCAAGCGUCCAGUGAAACAAAAUUAAUUUUGUUGCAUUUUU